AUGCUCAACAGCUAUCACCGCGGUAUCGAUGAAGGAGACAGGGAAGAUAUGGAGAUCGGCAUGAGGGAAGACAGGGCCGAAGACCAAUUGAGAGAGCACAACAGUGACAAUGUGCGGGCAGAGGGGGGUCUCCAGUCAGCCGGAGACAUGAAGAGGAGGAGGGACCUUUAUACAGAGUUGCUAUGGGAUAGAUUCCAAUCUCGACCUCGCCGAGGGAGACCAAGAGGCUCGCGUGGAGUGCAGGAGGGCAGGAGACGGUUAGUGUAG